AUGACUAGCCCAGACUCAACAUGGAUGGAUAUAGAUGACUCUUAUCCACGGGACCUCCAGUCAGGCGUUGGCCAUUCUGUUGCAACAGAAACUGGACUCACCAACACAGCAUCCCAGAGUCUUGAGGCCAGCAUGAAGUUCUUGGAAUCCGCAAUGCAAUCAUUGAUGAUUCAGGCACCAGGACAGGAGCAGCAGCAAAUUUGGAACCCCUCCACGGAAAGCCUCAAGAACAGCAUCACUUACGCCCAGGAGUAUGCCGCCUCAAACAACCCGAAUCGCAUCGAAGCUGACACCUGGCUCAGCGAAAUCGAUAAACUGGACGACGAGAUGUCCGUGUUCAUAUAUGAGAUGGGUGAAGGGCUUGUCCUUUCAACAGAGGCGUCUGACCUUGUUGACCAGAUGCUGCGUACGCGGCAGGAGGUUUGGAACCUGGUUGAGCAAUCUUUGGAUCUGGGACAGAAAUUUGUGAUAAUACGAGAGCAGAUUGAAGAUAGAAAACACGGAAAUGUUUAUCUACCGGGACUCGCAGUCUCGUUCGAAGAGGAUGAAGAGCUGAGGGGUGCGAUUUGGGACUUGAAAAGUCUUGUGGAGCAGCAUGUGGAUACUCUAGAAACAACGCGGCAAAAGCAGGUUGAGUUAUUGACUCGGGGAAGCAUGCUUCAAUCGCAGCUUGACGGUUUUUAG